AAACGGUCACUUUGUUCGAGAUACCUGGAAAGUUCUAAAGUUUUUUCGUUUUGAUAAAUAAUCAAUUGUCGAAAUGGUGGUCAAAGCUGUCUGCGUAAUUAAUGGCGAUGCCAAGGGCACUGUUUUCUUUGAACAGCAGAGCAGCGACACGCCCGUGACGGUCACCGGCGAGGUGUGCGGUCUGGCCAAGGGUCUGCACGGAUUCCACGUGCACGAGUUCGGUGACAACACCAACGGCUGCAUGUCAUCCGGGCCGCACUUCAAUCCUUACGGCAAGGAGCACGGCGCCCCCGCCGACGAGGACCGCCACCUGGGCGAUCUGGGCAACAUUGAGGCCACCGGCGACUGCCCCACGAAGGUCACCAUCACCGACUCGAGGAUCACGCUCUUCGGCGCCGACAGCAUCAUCGGACGCACCGUGGUGGUCCACGCCGAUGCCGAUGAUCUCGGCAAGGGCGGCCACGAGCUGAGCAAGUCCACGGGCAACGCUGGCGCUCGCAUUGGAUGCGGCGUCAUUGGCAUUGCCAAAAUCUAAUCUGAUAAUAUAUUCCGAAGUCGGCCUUUGUGCUGGACUACUCUAUUUAGCACUACCUACUGGAAAUAUGCAAACGAUACCCAUUUACAUAUUCAUAAUCUGUGGUCUGUUAGGUUAAUUCGCAACCUUUAAGGUUUAAUAAAUUGGUGUUUUUCAAAUUGACCCACAACUUAAAA